AGUGUUUUGGUCGCAGGAGGAAGCCGCUCGCCUCCUCGGCCGCCCUUUUCCUCGCCCCCGCCGCAUGACACCUCUCCCCGGGCCCACUGCGCCGUCCAAGUGAUCCAGAGCCCCUCCAGACCGCAACCCGAGGGCGCCGGAAGCGUUCCCUCCGAGAAAGGCGAGAGAAACGGCGAGGGCGAGCGCGUGCGAGGGAAGGUAGGCCUAUCACCUGUCAGCCGCGACCUGUCAAGGGAAACCCUUCGGCGCGAUUUCGUUCGUGGCGGCGCCCGCAGACCUGCCCCAGCCCCGACGACCUCGCCAGGAGUGCCUCGCCGAGGGAUAGAGCCGAGGCAAGAUGCCAGCCCAGGCGCAGGGAGGCAAGGACGUGGGCGAGCCUUCGGAGAUCCGAGUCAAGAUCGCCUUCAGCGGGGAGGUGUACAUCACAUACAUCCCCCCCGCCCUCGAGGUGGAGGCGCUCGAGCAGGAGAUCCGGGCGAUCUGCAAGUUCGAGCCCGGGCAGGUCUUCACCGUCAAGUGGGUCGACGAGGAAGGCGACCCGUGCACCAUCUCGUCACAGCAGGAGCUCGACGAGGCGCUCAGACUCUACGAGCUCAACAAGGACUCCGAACUCGCCAUCCAUGCUUAUCCCCACUUUCCCUCGGCCCCUGGAGACGGCCGGGAGAGGAGCAUAUACAGGAGAGGAGCGAGAAGAUGGAGGAAGCUGUACAAAGUCAACGGCCAUAUCUUCCAGGCCAAACGAUUCAACAGAUUACCCACGACUCUUCCUCAAGAAGCGGUCGCCCACAUAGGGGGGAACCAACGGGAGGAUGGCGGUAGACUACACUGCAGACGUCUCAGGGGCCCCCCACGAGCCCAUUACUCCCACUGGCCCCAGGGGGGCCCCUUUCUUUCCUUGGGUGACUUUGAUUACCGUGUCAUUGGCCGUGGGUCGUACGCAAAGGUGCUGAUGGUGGAGCUGAAGAGAACUAAACGCAUCUAUGCCAUGAAGGUCAUUAAGAAAACCUAUGACCAAAAGAUUGGGGGUUUUUACAGAGAAACAUGUUUGGGGGAAAAGCUUCCAAUUUACCCUUUUUUUGGGGGUUUUUGGAAAAAACAUUUGGGCUUCCAAACUCCGUCCCGCCUCUUCUUUGUGAUCGAGUUUGUUCGUGGAGGUGACUUAAUGUUCCACAUGCAGAGGCCCGCGAAAGUUUGCCCCAAAGAAAAAAUUCCCGGUUUUAAAGCAAGCCCAAAUUUGCUUUCCCCUUUAAAUUUCCUUCAUGAAAAAGGUAUACUGAGAAUAUAUAAUGUUUUCUUCAGUGUUGACUGGUGGGCAUUAGGAGUCCUCUUGUAUGAGAUGUUGGCCGGCAAGAGUCCCUUCGACAUUGUGGGACUGGAGAGAAAGCAAAUUCCUCCGCCUUACAAACCACGCGUGGACGGAGAACGAGACCUUGAAAACUUUGAUCCUCAGUUUACUGCAGAGCCUGUUCAGUUUACUCCAGAUGAGCCGUUAUGGGAUAACUCUCCUCUGGUGAUGCUGGGAAAGGAGGAAUUUGAUGUGUGUGAUGCUCUUCUUGUGAAGCCUUGUGUGUUUUCACCUCUUGCCAUGAUGCAGAGGGUUUCCAGUGGAGACUUGGUUGUGGAGAAGGUUAUGCAGUCUUAUUUAACUUUAGAUGUAGCCCUGACUAAUAUGUUCUUGUCAGAACAUCAGAGGUGUGUUGCUAUGCAGGAUGGUGGAAGACUGCAGGACAUAGAACUGUGCUUUGGCUUUGUAGUGGCUGUGUAUGUCUGCGUUAUUGCUUUGCAGUUGGAGCAGCGGCAGGUACCCCCGCCCUAUCGCCCCAGGCUAGACUCAGACCGUGACUUGGCUAACUUCCCGCCAGAGUUCACAGAUGAGCCUAUCCAGCUAACACCUGAUGACGCGCGCGCCAUCGAGAACAUCGACCAGAGCGAGUUCGAGGGCUUCGAGUACGUGAACCCGCUGCUGAUGAGCAUGGAAGACUGCGUGUAAGAGGCCAGGGCAGCUCCAGGACCCCUCCCCCGCGCCCACGCCCGCCCCCAC